GCGUCUGUCUUGACAUUGGUCACUUGUUGAGCAGAGCGCACACACAGGAAACCACGCAGCAGUAAUCUAAUUUUUUCUCCAAAAUAUACGACUGUCUCAAGUGACGGACACUUGUUUUAUUUUUUAAAGAGAAACAUUAGUUCAUUUUUCAAAAGAAACACCCAGGCAGGCUGAACUGUUGCUGUGGACCGAACACCUAGAAGGGGCGCGCAUCACGAGUGUUUAUCAUGUCUGGAGAAGAAGCUCCAACUCAGCAGCAACAACCUGAGCAGGAGAAGAAGCCCGACGAGCCUCCGCCGGCUGCUGCUAAUGCACCGCAGGGGUCGGGAGGCAGCCCCGAAGCCGAGAGGAAGUCGCUCUCCUUCAGGGCUCUGGUCCUGACUGGGCACGGGGGCUACGACAAAAUCAAGCUGCAGGUGAAGACGCAGGGCGAGCCGCAGCUGAAGGCGGGGGAGGUCCUGGUGCGCGUUAAGGCGUGCGGGCUGAACUUCGCCGAACUGCUGGGCAGGCAGGGGCUGUACGACCUGCUGCCCGCCCCGCCUGUCACCAUGGGGAUGGAGGGCUCCGGGGUCAUUGAAGCAGUCGGGGAGGAUGUGGAGGAUCGGAAAGUGGGGGAUCGUGUCAUCAUGUUGAGCCGCCAUGGCUUGUGGCAGGAAGUAGUCGUUAUGCCGGCCAGCCGCACCUUCCCCAUGCCCGAGCAGAUGAGCUUUGAGGAAGGUGCUGCUCUUCCCGUUAACUACAUCACUGCCUACAUGAUGCUGUUUGAGAUGGCCAACGUGAGGCCGGGGAAGAGCGUCCUCAUCCACAUGGCAGCAGGUGGUGUUGGUAUCGCCGCUACUCAGCUGUGUCAGACCGUGCAAGACGUGACCGUUUUUGGCACAGCGUCAGCCUCCAAACACGAGACCAUUGCCCAGGGUGGGGUAACUCACCCCAUCGACUACCGCACCAAAGACUACGUGGAAGAAAUCCGUAAAAUCAACCCAAAGGGAGUGGACAUUGUCCUCGACCCACUCGGUGGUUCAGACACCCAAAAAGGUUUUAGUUUGCUGAAACCUUUGGGCACACUUAUAGUCUUUGGUGCAGCUAAUUGUGUGACAGGCCAGAAGAAGAACCUUCUGGCGAUGGCGAAGAUGUGGUACAAUCAGCUGUCUCUCAGCACGCUGAAACUGAUGCAGGCCAACAAGGCCGUCUGCGGCUUCCACCUGGGCUACAUCACCGAUGAGGAGCUCAUAAGCAGGACUAUGUUCAAACUGCUGGAGCUCUACGGGCAGGGAAAGAUCAAGCCCCGCAUUGACUCGUGCCAUCACUUCGAGGAGGUGGCGGAUGCCAUGAGGCGCAUGCACGAGCGCCAAAACAUCGGGAAAGUCAUCCUUCUUCCUGAAACUAAGACGGAGGAAGAGAAGCCAAAGUCCGAUCCUGAGCCAGUAGAAAAUGUGGAAAAAACUGAAGAUGCCGUCAACAAGAAGGGAGAAGAGACCACAGAGGAAGUCAAAGCAGAGAAAGAUUGAGUGAGAGUGUUUAUUUGAAUGAUAUUUUCAAGCACAUCCUCAAUGAGUUCCCUGUCGUUCAAAAAAAAAGAAAAAAAGAAAAGAAAGGUGCCAUGAGUUCUUUGAGUUUGUCUGUAUUUUUGAAUGUUUAUGAAGAUUUUGUGGUGCAGUACGUCCUAAGUGUCGUGUCGCUGCUGGGGCUAAUUGUGUUUGGAAAUAAAAAUUAAAUAUAUUCCAUUACAUUACAUAGGGAAUAAUGUAUUCUGAUUACAGACAGCUGUUAACUCUGGAAGCGAGCGCAUUUUUAGGUUACCCAUGACGACGACUCAACAACAGCUCAAACAUGAUAUUUAUAAUAGCCUCAAACCAGAGCUUGUAAUCAUGACACAUAUAAGAAAUUAUCCUAAACCUUGACUUAUGAGUGAAAGAAAAAUAGGGCUGCGUCACAUCAGUCAUCACACCUUGUCCUGAUUAAGAUUACCCAUCAUGCAUUGUAGCCAGCAUUAUAUGUGCUUCAUUAUACUGCAGCAUGCCAGAGAGAAGUUUCCAAAAGAAAUGUCUCCUGCAGCUAAUUGGGAUAUUAUUCAUAAAACUCUUUAACGGGUUAAAGAAGGAUGGAUAAUUAUAUAGACAAAAUUUAAGACGUACUCUUUAAGAGUGGUGUCAAACAAACAAGCCUUGGUUUUGUUUUCAUUAAAUGUGUCAGAAAAAGAUUUGUUUGCAAACUAACUUGAAACACUUUCCCCUCAACUCCCCUCAAAGCUGACCUCAAAUUUGGUCGUUUGUAAUCAGAAUACAUUACUGAGAUUUGGUAAUUCCUUGGAUCUUGUUCCAAAUUAUUCAUUCCAUGGAGUACUGAGUAAGUGUAAUCAGUCAGUUAGGUUUUAUCAGUAAAUAUUAGUGUAGUGAGUGAGUGUCGUCUGGCUCCAUGUCUUGUGUUGCACUACUCAAAUUGAAGCUUAACUAUAAGAUGAAAGUCUGUUCUCAUCUCUCUGAUGAAUGUUGAGAGCUAUGCCCCUCUCAGAAUUGUAUUCCACUUUAGUUGUCGUAUUUUUCCCAUGCAUUUGGGCCAAAUUUAAAGCUUUCACCACUGCCAUCAAGCCAACUGUGAAUAACAGAUAGCGGGACUUCCCUGCCUUGGCACGUCACCCGUGGGUUUUCUUCUAAACAAAGCCCUGCUGAACUCCAGCUAAAGCUGCCACGUGAGGGCAGGUUUUCUCCCCUCGAUUUUCGUUUACAGAGCUUCAGUGUGUGUUACUUAGCAAUUCCAGGGAGUGGGUUAAACAGUAAUGAAGAAAAACUGGGAUGAUUCUCUGCUUUCAUGCACUUUGUAUGUGUGUGUUUUAUGUUUUCUUUUGUUUGUUUGUUUGUUUUUUUUUAAAUUGCUUGCUGAUCUGUUUCUUUGAAUGGUUGGCCUUAAAUAGUGAAGUAAUUCAGAUGUUUUGUCCAGCUGUGGUUGUAAUCCAAUGACGUGACGCAGAAGAGAAAGAGUUUUCCUCUCAUCCACUGCAGAGCAGCUCCUCACAUUCCUCUCCCCGCCCUCUCAGCCCUGCUUUCUGUCCGUCUCUCUCUCUCCCCGGAGCCGAACUCCAUUAAAGCCCUCUAUCUUACAUUGUUUUGAUUUCUAAAAAGUGCUUGGAACAAAGUGUAAUAGAUAAUGUCUUAUGUUAUUUACAUUUUUUGGCCACUGAGUGUUGUUAAGUUUGGCCAGGUUUCCAUCUCCUGGUAUGAAGUAAGAUCCGGCUUGGAUUUUUGAGUGGGAACUGGAGUCGUGUCAUUGUGAUUAUGUGAAGUUCCUCUUUUUCACAAACUUUACUUUGAGCUGUUGUUGUUCUUCUUCACAAGUAUGAUGUUUGCCUGCAUGGUAGACAUCCAGUACCAACCUAGACAUCCAGUUUAACUACUGAACCAAACAACAGAGGAGUUUAACUGAUGAGCAUGUAUGAAAACACAUUGGAGCCUGCUAGUUCGUCUCUGUACAUGUUUCUGCAAUGCUUAACGGGUCUGUUUGCAGUGACAGAGAAUAGCAACAAAACUACAUUGAAUUUUUGUGCCAAAAUGUAACCUUUAAAAAUGGUCAUCUGCUAUGUGAGAAACAUGUCAGGUUGCCAUAAUAAUUUGACGACAGUGCACUGAUAUCAGUGACUCAUGCAGCGAGGGACAUCUAGUGGUCAGUGAACGAUUGUGCCUUUUUGGUAAUUAAUUGAAAUACCCACCAGUAUUGCCUGUGAACAAAAUGUGCCGCAGCCUGCCUUGUCAAAUGUAAAACAUCACGAAAUGACCUGAUGCAUAAAAAUCUUUCCUGAUUUCAACUGAUCCCCCUCAGUUCAGCCAAACGUUUACAAAUCAAGAGAAGACAUCGCAGUCGUUUAAUGGAAAAGGCCUUCGUCUGUAUAAGCUAGAAGCUGUGAAAUUCUAAAACGUCCUCAUCGCCGUUGACAUGCAUUUUUAAUCACCCGCCAUAAUAAUGACCUGAGCCGAUUCAAGCACACUUUACCGCUCGUUCCUGCUAAUCAGAUGUACAUUAACCAGUGCAUUUCUUUUGCAGCAUAAUAAAUAUAACGUUGACAUUUCUGUGUGUUGUUACUGAAAGAUUUUAUGUUACUGUAUUCGUGAUGGUGACAGGACAACAUUGUCUUUUCUUCAUUUUUAUACAAACCUUAUGCACACUUGCCUUCUGUGUUUAUAUGGCACUAAUCUGUCUGUAUUAUUAAAAAGUGUUAUCACGUA